AUGCCCACGUCAGAUGCAACAAUCAUCGAUGAUGACGAUUCAAGUGAUGAAGGCAAGAAGAGAAGAUCCACUCCUCACUCGGUCAACAAUGGGCGGAGGAGUGUGCUUGGUAGGAAGACCGCCAAAUAUAUGAAGGGAAAGAAGUCCGGAGAUGAUGACAUUGCCAUUGAUAUGGAAAGGAUUGCAAAUGCAAGGUUGCAAGGAAAUGAAGAUAGGAAGGUGGCAAGAAACUUGGAGAAAGAGGCUAUGGAUGCUAUGGAGGCUCAGAGAGCCGCUUUGGAGGAGAGGCUUGCCGCCAACGAGGAGAGGAAGUUGGCUUUGGAGGAGAAGAGGCAAGCCAACGAGGAGCAUCUACGCCUAGUGGGGGAGGAGAGGAAGCUUUUCUUGAUGGAUACUUCCCACAUGGAUGAGAGACAAAAGGAGUACAUCAACCUUGCUCGUGACGAAGUGUUGGCCAAGAAGAGAUUGUUGAUAGCCAACAUGAACACACCCAACGCCGGCAUGUUUGGAGGAGGCAUGCCCAUGUUUGGAGGAGGUAUGGUAGGCAUGACCGGUAUGGAAGGCAUGGCCGACAUGGGAAGCAUGCCCAUGCCCGCCAUGGGAGGCAUGGUCGGCAUGGGAGGCUUUCGAGUCAUGGCCGGCAUGGGAGGACCAAGCUAUGGAGGAGUCUUCGGAGGGACUAUGGGAGGCUCGGUGAGUGGUGUCUAUGGGACUUUGGGAGCACCACCGGGAGGAUUCGUGGCCUCCAUGGAUCCUACUAUUCCUCCUUCAACCCAAGAUGACGAGGAAGAAGAAGCAAAAGAAGGUGAUGACUUGGAAAAUGCGGAAGUGUGA